AUGGACAAACACCAGUCGAUAAGGCCGGAGAGGGACUGUGUGGCUCGAUACAGUGCAAUAAAAGAUGGCGGCUCACGGCCAGUGUGGUGCAUUCGCUUCUCUCAGGAGCCAGCGGACCAGUCGGUGGUGCUGGGAGAACGGGUGGUGCUGUCCUGCGUGAUCUUCAACUACAGCGGCAUCGUACAGUGGACCAAGGACGGCCUGGCCCUCGGUAUCGGCGAGGGGCUCAGAGCCUGGCCCAGGUACCGAGUGCUGCGGGCCCUGGACAUCGGCCAGUACAACCUGGAGAUCUCCCACUCCGAGCUGUCUGAUGACUCCCUGUACGAGUGUCAGGCCACGGAGGCGGCGCUGCGCUCCAGGAGGGCCAAACUCAACGUGCUCAUUCCCCCUGAGGACCCGGUGGUCGAUGGGUCCCCGGAGCUCCUGCUGAUGGCUGGGACUCCGUUCAACCUGACCUGUGUGACCCGCGGGGCCAAGCCUGCGGCUCACAUCCAGUGGACCAAGGAUGGAGUCUUUAUAGAUGGGGCCUACCAGUCCACGGAGGUGCUUGCAGACAGGAAGAGGGUAACGACCAGGAGCUACCUUCCCAUCACGCCAGAAGACACUGACAGCGGCCGAAACUUCACCUGUGUGGCCAGCAACCCUGCGGUGCCGAUGGGAAAAAGAGCCACUGUUACCCUCAACGUCCACCACCCUCCGAUGGUGACCCUGUCCAUCGAGCCUCGGUCUGUCCUGGAGGGCGAGAGAGUCACCUUCACCUGCCAGGCGUCUGCCAACCCUCCCAUCAUGGGCUUCAGGUGGGCGAAAGGUGGCGUGCUGCUGGAGGGCGCCAGAGAGAGUGUGUUUGUCACCACGGCCGAUCACUCCUUCUUCACCGAGCCCGUCUCCUGUCAAGUGUUCAACGCCGUGGGAAGCACCAACGUCAGCAUCUUGGUGGACGUGCACUUUGGCCCGAUACUGGUUGUGGAGCCCAGACCGGUCACUGUGGACGUGGACUCUGACGUCACUUUGAACUGCAAGUGGUCCGGCAACCCCCCUCUCACCCUCACCUGGAAAAAGGGCUCCAACAUGGUGCUCAGCAACAACAACCAGCUCUAUCUGAAGUCAGUGAGCCAGUCGGAUGCAGGCCAGUAUGUCUGCAAGGCCAUCGUGCCCCGCAUCGGAGUGGGAGAGACGGAGGUUACACUCACUGUCAACGGCCCUCCAAUCAUCUCCAGUGAUCCAGUCCAGUACGCUGUCAGAGGGGAGAGAGGAGAGAUCAAGUGUUACAUCGCCAGCACCCCCCCACCUGAUAAGAUUGUUUGGGCGUGGAAGGAGAACGUGUGGGAGAAGGAGAAGGGCACCCUGAUGGAGAGGUACACGGUGGAGCAGAGUAAGCCUCCAUCCCAGGGCGGGGCCGUCCUCUCCACCCUCACCAUCAACAACGUCAUGGAGUCGGACUUCCACUCGCCUUACAACUGCACCGCCUGGAACUCGUUUGGACCCGGCACUAUGAUCAUCACCCUGGAGGAGACAGAUAUUGUUCCGGUGGGAAUUAUCGCCGGUGGUACGGUGGGCUCCUCAAUUCUGCUGCUUAUGUUCCUGCUGGCGGUCGCCUUCUUCCUCUACCGCCAACGCAAAGGCAGCCGACGGGGUGUCACCCUCGGUAAACCAGACAUCAAGGUGGAGACGGUCAACAAAGAGACCCACAGCCUGGAGGAGGAGGCGGCUGAUGUCUCCACGGCAACCCGGAUGGUCAAGGCCAUGUACUCCCCGUUCAAAGACGACAUGGACCUGAAGCAGGACAUCCGGAGCGAGGGGGACACCCGGGAGGAGUACGAGCUCAAGGAUCCAACCAAUGGCUACUACAACGUCCGAGCCACCACCCACGAGGAGGCGCGCCCCCAGUCCCGUGCCAUCCACUACCAGGGAGAGUUCCGCUCCCCUAACCCCAACAACCGACCAGACGGUGCCACCUCCAGUGGACCUCCGGCUGCCGCCGCCGGUGCUGUUCCCCCCAGCGGUGUGCCAGGCUCAAGAGCCGGCUGCUAUGACCCCCGCCCGCCUUCCAGGAUGUCCCACGCCACCUACGCCCAGUUCAACACCUUCACCAGGGUGGCGCAGAGCCAGCAAGCUCCUCCCAAUCCAGCGCUUCAGUCGCCUGGAGAUUACCCUGGAGACUGCGGCUUGCUGGACAGCAAUGCCCAGCUGGCGUAUGACAACUAUGGAUACCCCUCCCAGUACCCCAGCUACCGCAUGGGCUUUGCUCCUCCACCCAUAGAGGAAGGUCCGGCCUAUGAAAUGUAUCCAACAGGUCAAGGGACCGGGCCAGGACCUGGACCAGGGCCAGGGCCGGGUCCAGGGCCCGGACAACAAAGUCCUGAAGCAGGACUAGGGCAGUACGGAACCGCCACUCGUUUCUCUUACUCGUCUCCGCCCUCUGACUAUUCCCAAAGACACACACAGCGGAUGCAGACUCAUGUUUGAGCAACACAGACAGCAGUACUUAAAAAAAAAACCAUUAAACAAACCUUAAUAUGAAAACAAUUAAUCAUACUUUUUUUUGUUUCCAUCGCAUCAAGUGCAUGGGAUUCGGUUCAAUUUCUGAACCAACAAAAACACCUCAACAACGCACAGCAGUUAGCAGCAUCACCUACAAAACAGUUAGCAGCAAUACAUGCGACACAUGCAAAGUGACAUUCACACACACAACAGACCUUCUGCUGCGUGCAGCGUUUAUGCUCCAUGAAAAAGCAACAGCGAGAGCCACAAUCAUAAGAGACAAAAGGAGAAGAAGAGCACUUUGAGGACAGGAAGAGGAAGAAGAAGAAGAAGAGGGCCAGGAGCUGAAGAGGAGCCUUUUUUUCUUCUUACUCCUGGAUCAUCACCCUGCAUCACAUCUUCCUCCCAAACCCAUCUCUGUAAAUAAGUGCAAAUGGAGAUUAGGGUCAUUUUGGAUUUCCUUGUACAAACCUAAACAGUGUGAUGCAGUACAGUGACCUACAGCAAACCUUCCAGUAAUCCAACACGUUCUGACUCUUAACAUACUGCAAAAACACACACUCAUACACACAGAUCUUAAAAUACUUAUUUGUUUCUAUGUAUUGCAGCAACAGGGGCAGCUCAGACAAAAAAAAUAUCUGGCACUUUUUGAUCCUUUUCCCUCACUUAAACCUGCCCAAUUCUUACAAGAUCUACCUUGAAUGAAGUGGGACAGAGUUUCCUAAAGGGGUGUAAGUAAGUGACCAGAGUGCCAAUGCUUAUGUGCCAACACACAAACUAUUAAUGUGUGUCUUCUUUUUUGUAAAAUUGAACGAUGAGAUGCUGUGGACAAAGAGGUUUUGUACAUGCCACUGAGAGGAAAGAAAAGAAGCGGUAGCAAGCGUCUCUAUGAGCUCAUCGUCCACUUCAUCUCUCAUUUUGUAUCAUCAUGACGCAUUCCUAAACUUAACAUUUCACUCAAGGUCAUUGCUGUGUGUAUAUGGUUUUUGUGAAGCGAGGUGUUACGGGAGUGCUUUCUCAUUUAGCUAAAUUCUGCAAUUUGUACAAAAAGAUACCUCCCCUACCCUCAAGUGUCAUUUGUUUCUCUCACUUGCACAGUAGAAUAGAUUUUUUUUCCAUAUUUAUACGGAAAUGUAUGAAAAAAAAAUGGCAUUCAGAAACAUUUUAUAGUAUUUUUAUAAGGAGUUGUGGACCAAAGGUUCAGCAUUUUGGGUGAAACUCACUUUUUAAUGUGUACGUGGAGACGCGAUCGUUAACUGGAAACCUUUUGAGUUUCUCUAAAAAAAACGAUGGAUGGUGUUUUUCAAGUGGAUGAUGUGUAGACUUAAAAUUAGAACAUUUUGAAGAGUUUCUUUCCAAAAAUGAUAAAUAUCUACCAAUCAGUUUGAUGGAUAUCUCUUUUUGGCUUGAAACCCUUUCUUUGACUUCCGGUCUUCUGACUGGACUGCCUUUUACAAACGUCGACGACAUUCAAAAUGAUGGAUGGAGAUCAAGCAGCUGCUCACUUUGAGCCGUGCUGAGAACUUUGUAAGCAACGAGAAGAUCCAAGUGUUGUCUAACAUAUCAAAAUGAAGGUACAGAUGGUUCAAUCUAGCUCAUAUGGUACUUUGUACAUUUAUAUGUAAGUAUGCUGGUUUGUUCAGUGCAACAGAAAAAUUUGGUGGCAUUUCUCGUCGGAGAUUUUUCCUUUCAAUUGUGUCCGCUUUGGUACGUGUGAUUCGCCUGUAACAGCAUGGGUUCAUAAAUAUCAGCCUUUAAAGUGUUGCUUCUCUACUCUGAUUUCUAAUGAUGCAGCUUCUGUAAAAGCUCCCAUUUUAAUGAAUCUCCAUCACCCCAUUGUUAAGCCUGGGUUUUAGACGUUCCAUGGGACAGAGACGUUACAGACGUGGACUUGUGGUUGAAAUUGAAAAUGCUGUUGAUAUCAAAACCCAAACACUGUGUAGGAAUUUACCUCCAAGUUGAUUCACAUAGAAUUCUGAUUGAAAUUUUAAAUUGGGUAUUCGUCAAAAUUCAGGGUUGGGUUACAGACCGCCACUGUUUGAUAGCUUUUAAUUGUGGUUGUAUUGAAAAGUGGGUUGACAUUCAAACCCAACGUUGGCUUGUCAGAAACAAACAACCCUGACGUAGGCUCCUUUUCUUUCUUUUUUUCAAAAUUGAACUGCCAAAUUGGUCAAAACCAAAAUGUUUGGUUGACAAUCAAUCCUCAGCAUUGGACAGACAUUGACUUGUGGUUGGAUGAAAUGAUCGUCUUCAUGCCAAAUCCCGAUGUUGUCUUGACAUUAACCAGAAAGAAUGGCCGACAUUUUAUUUCGGUCGGAUUUGAAAAUUUGAUAUUUACUAAAAUCCAACUCCCAACAUUGGACAGACCUAAAAUCCCGGUAAGAAACCUAAAGUGUGUUGACGUUAAAUCCCACCAUUGGCUUGCCAUCACCCUGCUUUGUUAACGUGUGUAGAAUUUUUAGUCCAAAUGUUGAUGAAUACAAGUUCAAACUAAGCAAUAGGUGAUCAUUUACCUCAAACAUUAGGCAGACAUUGAAUUGUGGUUGGAAAUGAAAAUCAGGCUGACGCUUGACAUACUAAUUACCAACAUUUUAUAAAUGAAAUUUUGUUUCCAGUUUUACAAAGUUUGUAAAAACUCUUAACAAUGUGUAUACGUGGAGAUACGACAUUUGUAAGCUACAGUAAGAAAUAGUUGGAAAUUGAAUCCGCAUGAUUUCAAGAGCCAACAUUUGCUUGACAUCUAUAACCAACUCUGACAGACUAUGAGCUUGCUUGAAAAUUAAAAAUCAAAUAUCCAUCAAAACCCAACGUGUGCUUGACAUCAACCUCUUACAACGCAGUUCAGCAAAGCUGUUUGAUCCAUUCAAUCAAAUAUCCUUUUCUGGCCUGAGACUUAAAUCCUGUAUCAUGUUUUAAGCUAAAAGGCUAAAUUAGUUCUUUUCUUUCAACGUACAGAAAAGCUCCUAACUAUUGAUGAAACCAUUGACCUGGCUUUUUUUUUUUUGGACAGUCGUGCAGAACUUUGAACCUUAAAUAUCUCCAAUUAGCAUUCGCCUUUAAAAAUAUAUUCAAGCUGCUGCGAAAGAUCAUCAUUAAGGAAGCAAACACAAUAUCCGAUUGGUUGUCAAUGAGUAAAAGAAACUAUGUUUUGGCCAGAUUUUGUGGGAGAAUUCUCUGGAUGCUUAUCUCUAUAAGACAUCAUUUGACCUCUGCCAAUAUCUGGAAAUGUUGUGUGGUGUUAGUGCAUCACUGAAAGCAUUUGUCUUAACAAGCUACUUACAGGAAAAACAGUUGAUACUGUAUCGUCUGCAAUAAAGUUCCAGUCACACUGAGCUGUCUUCAAAUUACCAUUGGACACCAUCAUGAGUUGAUUACCAUUAGCAGCUUAAAAUGAUGAGGUUGCAACACAGAAACAACUGUUUUUUGUUUUAAGGGACGUUAAAUGAUGAUCAUUUAAACUUGUUUUGGCAGUUACCAGAAAUUGCUUCCACAUUUUAUUCCAACUGUUUCUUCAGGGCAAGUAUGCUUUAUCGGAUUGUCAAAGUGGGACUUAAGGCACCAAAGAGCCCCCCACUUCUCUUUCCACCACACAUUUUAAAGCAGUUUAAAUUACAUCAAGUGACACCGUGCUUCAUAAAGAGACCAGAGGCUGCGAAGUGAAGCCAGAAAUCUCAGCAACUUUACUAUUUAAUCAUUGAGUCUUUAUAUUUAUCAGCCACCCUAUCAACCCCUCACAGAUACAGUAUAUUAUGGUAAUCUUCUGCUAUGGGGCUGUAAAACCUGUAUUUAUUGCCCCUAUUUUGAAUAAACACUCUCAGAAAGGAAACCAGAGCCACGCCACUCCUGAUUAGAAUAUCAGAUGAAGCCUCGUAGCUCCAAGGUCACUAUAUAUAUAUAUAUAUAUAUAUAUAUAUAUAUAUAUAUAUAAAGCAUUUCAGUAGUUAUGGAGAGAAGAACGGCAGAUGGAGCGCCCUUUUAAAUUUAUAUGGUUAUCACAGCCUCAGUACUGCAUACUAUUACCUCUUUACAACCUUUUUACAGAGUUGUAGCCGUGCAGUAUUUUGCAUCCGACUUGAAAUGUCAUCUUGACCUUGUGUAGAAUGAGAAAAUGUGACACUGAUGAGGUACUGAGGCCAACAAAAAAACACAUGCAGGCCAUCCAGGUACUUCGUCAUUGUUGCUUCAGUAUUUACAUUGUGACAGUCAGGACGUGUAAUUAUAUUUAGGACGCCAUAAAUGCCAAUAAUGCAAAACAGAUGUCAAGAUUUGGUUCAGAAAUGGGGAAAAAAUAGAAAGAUUUGAAGGGGAAUAUGGAAUCGUUUUUACUCCAUCGAAUUGUUUCACGUCCUUUUCAUUCUCUCAUAUUAACCACCGCCUGUACCAGGUCGACUUCAUUUAAAGGCAUCACAUCAUGGAAAACCUCUCUUACAGUAUUUUGUUUAUUAUAAUUUUAUUAUAAGAUGAAAACAUGGAGAAAGUAUAACAGCUGUGUGUAUGUUGAGGGGGGAUUGUUUUUUGUUUUUUUUACAGAAUAUAUAGUUACAUGAGGUCAUAACAUCAACCUCUGUGUUGUUUUAUGUCAACUUUCUUAUAUAAAGAUAUUAUUUCAAUGAAUUAUUUUAUGUUUGUAUCACAGGUGGAGGAAAUGACUUCAGUUAGAAGUGUUUCAGAUUUUAUAUGGUGUGUUUCAUUUGAUUAAUCAGAGCUGCUUGAAAAAAUAUACAUGUGUUUCUGUGGCAUACACGACUCCUCAGCCAGGCCACAAAUAGUCAAAAACUCUGUCUCAACUAGGCCAAACCAGGCUAGAAGCAGGCCAGACACUGCUGCACACUGCUCUGUUCCAUGCUGUGCUGUGCCGUGCCAUCCCGGCCAACACUGACUCAAGUGGCUCGAUGUCCAUUUUUACCUUUUGCAGUGUUCAGUGAGUGCCAAAAGACUGUGCGGGAAAAAAAAAAAACUAACUGAGCAGACAAACUAAAUGCAGCAGUCGUUUGUGUUAAUGGGGUUUAUGUGGCUGUAUGCUUGAGGGUGAUACUGUGUGUUGGUGUGUCCGAGUGUGCGUGUGCUAUACCCGCUUCUGUCUCACAUACAGUGUGUGCUGUGGACAUGCAUGUGUGUGUUUACAUGUGUGUUUGCAGCCUGUGACACCAGUUUUAUUCAUACCAUCAGAAAUGUGUUGAGCCUGCUGACUGUAGAGAUUAGGGGUUUGACUGAUCGGGAAAUGUUGAUUAGAUCAGAGUUUUGUUGGGUGUCGUCUGCUGGUAUGAUGGAGUUUCCUCCUGACCACAGGUACACAGUCUUCAACAGGGAUGCAUGAGGUCAACAUCGGUAUCGACCAAUAUUGGCCCUGUUGACAGACAUCGGCACUUUGGUGCAUAAUGUGGCAUGAACCGAUGUUUAUUUGUUGUGCCAAAUCAAUUAAAAGCUGCCAUCUAGUCAACCUAACUACUGAUGCAGAGAAUAGUUUUUUCAUUGGAUAGAUGAAGUCACCAGUUGAACAAACUCUGACAUUGGUAUCGGCUAAAUGAAAUCAAAAUGGUACCAUUGUAACCAUGUGUCCUACUUUCAAUUAAAUACCCUCGACAUUUAUCUUUUCAGCGUUAGUUGCAGAGCCAGUCUGUAAUAUACAGUGACUCGUAUAUUGCUAGAGCUUAUUAAGAACUAGACAAAAACACAUCACGGCUUUGUGGUUAUAGGAUUGAGGAUAGUUGCGUCAUCAUUCUGUGCUGGCCAACAAGAGGACUUACAAUGUCUCUGAAAUCAAAGACAAACAGUGUGGAAUAAAUCACUGCAGCUUAAUGAUUUCUUUUAUUUCACCUUUUUGGAAAUCGCUGUUACAUUAGCGUAUUUCCUCAAUCAUUGGAGAGCGUUUUUUUUAUUCCUUCUAGCAGCUGAUAGUAUACUGCUGUGCAACUUACAAGGACACAAACUAAUCAAAAUAACCCAGACUCAGAAACAAAGAUUAGCCAAAAUAACCUCGAUGUCACACUGGAUGAUGAAGUGGAUAAUUAGGCUUUUGAACAGACACACAAUCUUUUCUUGGCAGCCUCUUUGGUGCCCCUAGUGGAUACAUAGGCUACUUUUUACCAUUAACUGUAUAUAAAGAUGGAUAGUGUGCCUCCAUGUCCUCCGAUUGAACCAAAGUGAAGCCAAAACACCCCGCAAUGGACUCUGACAUAUUGCACAUUUGAAGCUUGAGUCUGCAGUGUAAGGAUCAGCUAGAUGGGCUACUGUGUUAAAUCCUGCCAUGCAUUCGUCCACUGAGCUGUCAAUCAUGGCAUUUUGCCCCCUUUUUAAAAGCAUCAAAUAACUUAUUUUAGCCCGAGUGUUCGACUGUCUGAGUUUAGUUUUAAUAAGAAAUAUAAAAAAGUAACUACAAAGACAGAAACUAAGUUUUAGAGAAAUGAGUUGGACCUUUGUCACAUCUGUUAACAUGGAGGAGGCGGAGCUUAGGGCCUAUUCUGCAGCCAGUCAAUAGGGGGAGCUCAAAAUGUUUUGGCUUCACUUUCAGGGAGCUACUGUGCCGUCUAUCUUUUUAUACAGUCUGUAUUUAGUAUGUUAAUGCACUUGAGGUUACCGCCACUUAACACAAAUCAACCAGGAUUUAAACGAGUUGUGGAUUAUCACUUUAAGAUGCCUUAAGGAGCCUCAAACCAUAACGCAAAUUUGUCUAGAUUUGAAUGUCAAGUGGAUCUUUAAGAAAGCAGGAAUCGAUCUAUAUUUACUUUUUUUUUUUUUUAAACUGAAAGAUAGUAAAUAUUUUCAACAAAGAAACCAUGUCAGUCAAACCCCAAUACAGAGCAGGACAGCUGGUAGGACAGAGUGAAGGAUACAUUGUGUGGCCUUAGGGUACAAGGAAGGAGACAAGUUUGUCCUCUUACUCCUCCUCCAGCUGCUGAGGCUGUCUGCUCGCUGAAACAGCUGCACGAGUGGACAGGAUGAAUUGUUAUUCGGCUCUGUGUCAUUUAGCAUAUGCAGACACUGAUAAAUACAGCGAGGGAGAUUCCAUAUAUCUCUUGAGAGAGUCUGAAGUGGAGGUGUGCAUGCAGGUGAGAGAGGGACGGUGUGGGUGUUCAGAUACGCAGAUAUCCUCCAUACUUCUUUACUUUUGAACCACAGUGUGUAUUCUGUUCAUAUUGGUUGUGUGCUUCAUUUUAUCCCUCUUAAUCAAGAAAAAAAAACCUGUACAAAACAAGAUAUUAUCAAAAUGUUGCUUUAUUUUCAUGUUACUCUGUUUGGAUUCUGUUUCUUUUUUUUUUUCUUUCAAAAUGUAUGUAAUUAUUUUUUCACAGUAUUACAAAAAAAAUAAAAGAAGACACGGCUUUCAUAAGAACAGCA